AUGUCAAAUUAUCAAUCAUUGCCUAAUAAUUAUAAGGAUUCUACUUUAGGAGGCAACCAGGUCCCAAGGAAUGGGUUGAAUUCAUCACCCUUAAGUAAUUAUAGUGUCAAUAAAAAUCUUAUAGAUUCAAAUACCACCAAUGAUAAAGCUACUAAUGGAAAAGAUAAAUUUGGUAAUCAUUUUGCCUCUUCAUCAUCUUCCGGGUAUUUGAAUAAUAAUAAUAACAAUAAUAAUAAUAACAACAACAACAACAACAACAACAACAACAAUAUGGCUAAUUUAUUUAGUACACAAACAGAUGCCUCAUCUCCUUUGUUAUCAUCAUUAUCAACCUUACCCAAUAUACAAUCCUCUAAUAUUAAUAAUAACGACAACAGUGAAAACAGAAGAGGAAUGAAUUUUACAAUUACCAGACCAACUUGGUCAUUUUUGUCCAGGUUUAAACGUAUUUACGAAGAAAUACAUGAUGAUUUACAAUUGGUUACAAACCCUAUAACGAAUAGAAAUUUUUUAGGUUGGUAUUUUUAUCUAUUUUCUAGCGAACCCUUUAUCGUAUCUGUCGUUUCCACCUAUGUACCGAUUUUAUUGGAAUCAUUUGCCAGAAGAAAUGGUGUUUUAUUAAACGAUCACUCGAAACAUUGCAACACUUCAUCUACGGAUAAGAAAUGUGUCUUGGGUUUGUUUAAUAAUUCUAUAUAUAUCGAUACAUCAAGUUUUGCGUUAUACACUUUUUCAUCAAGUGUGUUAUUCCAGACCGUUCUAGUAAUAUCUAUUUCGGGGCUAGUUGAUGUUUUCGAUAAAACCGUGGUUUUCAAAACUAAAAUGCUAUUAGUAUUUGGAAUACUAGGUGCAAUUUCCACUAUUUUCGUAAGUUUCUUGGACAAUACACAGUUUUAUAUGUUAGCUUUUCUAAGUAUUCUAACAAACUGUUGUUACGGGGUAGUUAAUGUUGUUGGAAAUUCCUUGUUACCUAUUAUUGUUAGUGAGCAUUUCAAAAAUUUACCAGGUACAAUAACAAGCGAUUCCUUAGACCAAAAGUUUACCAGGGACCAAUUGACAACAAUUGUUAGUGGUAGAGGAUCUAGUAUUGGAUAUUUGAGUGCUUUGGUUGUCCAAAUAAUAUGUAUGAUUGUCAUUGGCUCGAAGCAGAGAAAGGACAUUUUAAAUGAAAAAUCCACAGAGACUAUACAAUAUGCCAUUCUAAUUGUUGGUGUGUGGUGGUUACUCUUCCAGAUUCCAAUGAAAUAUUUGCUACAGGAUUACCGUGCUGAGGAAUCUAAUAGAGGUAAAAAAUUAACUUUUAGAGUUUUGUGUCAACAUCUAGAGUUUAGUUGGGAAUCGUUAUUUGAAGCCUUUAAACAUGCCAGUCUCCUAAAGGAUGUUGUUAUUUUUCUUAUUGGAUGGUUUAUUAUUUCUGAUUCAAUAACCACAAUUAAUUCCACUGCCACAUUAUUUGCUAAAACAAACUUGAACAUGGAUAUGAUGAGUAUUGUUAUUGUAAGUAUUUUGACUUUAGUUUUUGCCAUUGUGGGUGCGUUUUCCAUACCCCAGUUUAUCAGCGCAUAUUUACAGAGACCUCCAAACACUGCUAUGGUUUAUAUUAUUAUAUGGGCCUCCUUUAUCCCAUUAUAUGGUAUUUUGGGAUUUUACUUUAAUAAAUUUGGUCUUCAAUCUGAAAGAGAAAUGUAUCUAUUAGCUGUUUGGUAUGGUGUUUCUCUAGGUGCAUUAAAUGCCACAUCAAGAUCCAUUUUCAGUUUGAUGAUACCUCCUGGGAAGGAAUCUACAUUUUUUAGUCUAUUCAGUAUAACAGAUAAAGGAUCUAGUAUUGUGGGGCCCACCUUGGUUGGAUUAAUUACUGACAAAACCCAUAAUAUCAGAUACUCAUUUUAUUUAUUAUUUUUUUUGUUAAUUAUAGCUAUCCCUAUCUUUCAAUUACUAGACGUUCAUAGAGGAAGAAGAGAAGCUAUGGAAUUAACACAAGAAAUUGAGCAUUAG